CUUAACCUCAACUUGUCAUCUGUCAAAUCCUAUACAUUUUUUGUUAAUUACAUCGUGAGAUUACAAUUAUUGGGUAAUAUCUUAUUAAAAUGGCCCUGUGUAGUGCUUUAGACUGCAAAAAUAAAGGCGUUCACGCUUUCCCUAAAGACCCAAAGCGUAGAAAGGCUUGGGAGAAAGCGUUAAGAAUCAAAAACUUUAAAGCAAAAGACUCAUCGCGAUUAUGUUCCAUGCAUUUUACAUCAGAUGACUAUUACGGACAAAGUAUAUACACAAAUUACGAGCCGAAAGCGAGAUUCUUGAAGAAAACUGCUGUACCUUCAAUAUUUUCAUUCAACAUUUCAAGAUUAGAUACAGCAAGUGCAACAGCCCGUCAGCAGCGACUUGAGAUGAGGUCUCAGAAAAAGUUACGGUUUGAAGAGACUGUGACCCCAUCAACAAGCCACCAACCAUCAAUGAAUGAAGAAAGAAUGGUGCCCCACUCCAUGGACGUAGAAGAAACUGUAACUCCAACAUCAAUAAAUCAAGAAAGUACAGUGCCAAUCUUCAUGGACGUUGCUAGUGAAAUAGAAAUCAGUGCGAAUAUAAAUGAUUUUACAGUACCUAUUUUAAAUAAUCCUAAAUUCUCAUCUAAAGAGACGCAAAUUGACAUGGAACAUGUAUUUGGAACAAUACAUAGAUUCAAAAAUGAUGAUAAAGCAAUUCAAUUUUAUACAGGCUUCGAGUCUUACCGGAAGUUCUUUUUUGUUUACUCAACUUUGAGUCCUAUGGCCCAUAAAAUACAGUAUUAUGGUAGUUCUGUUAUUUUGCUCAGUACUGAAGAUCAGUUCUUUUUAACAAUAAUGAAAUUAAGACAAAAUAAAUGUAUUUUUGAACUAAGCAGAUUUUUUAAUGUAAGUACUACAACAGUGUCAAAUAUAUUUAUUACCUGGAUAAAUUUCAUGUAUCAACUAUGGAUAAAACUCGACACAUGGCCAAGCAAAGACUUGGUACAUUAUUAUAUGCCGGAACAUUUUAAAAAUUAUAAUGCGAAUAUAAGGGUGAUUUUAGAUGGGACCGAAUUUCAUGUACAGAAACCUAAAAACCCAACGUCUCAACAAGCGUCAUGGAGUAGCUACAAGCAUGCAAAUACUCUUAAAGUUCUUGUUGGAGGAACACCGGGGGGAUUGUUAUCAUACUGCUCUCCUGCAUAUGCUGGGUCGGUCAGUGACAGGCAAACAGUGGAGAGAAGUAAUUUAAUUAGUAAAUGUGAAAGUGGUGACUGCAUUUUAGCAGAUCGGGGAUUUAAUAUUCAGGACAUGUUUGCACACAAAAAUGUUGCUGUAAAUAUACCUACUUUUUUAAAGGGCAAAACACAGUUACCAGGUUUAACAGUGUUAAAAGAUAGGAAUCUAGCUAGUAAAAGAGUGCACAUUGAACGCUUAAUUGGCCUCACUAAAACAUAUAAGAUUUUAAAAAGUGAUCUGGAUCACAGUUACAUUCCAAUUGCAGGUAAAAUAUUUUUUAUAUGUACUAUGUGUUGUAAUUUUAGAGAAAGCAUAAUGAAAUAAGCAUAAUCGAAUAGAACACAACGAGUGGUUAUUAAUGGAACUCAAUCUGCCGGCUCCCCAGUAGCACUUGGAGUGCCUCAAGGCUCAAUACUUGGCCCGUUUCUGUUCUUGGUUUACAUUAAUGAUCUACCGAAACUUGUGCAAGAUAAACAUGAUAUAGUCUUGUUUGCUGAUGACACAUCUCUGUUGUUCAAGGUAGACAGAAAAGCAAUUAACUACGACAGUAUUAACAAUGCACUAUCCACCGUAGUUAACUGGUUUACGACAAAUAACCUUUACAUCUCUAUGUGACAGUAAUGUAUAGUUAUUAAUUAGGUUGUGACGACAUGUAUGUAAUCAUACAAAAUAAGCACAAAAUGUGAAAUCUCACCAGCCUAAACGUGUUUAGCUUUUAUUAUAAAUAGAGCCCGCCAGCUUGAACAUGUCAUGCUCGCUGAAAAGUCUUUGCUUAUGGUGGCGACGUUGAUCGGGUCGCCACUUUCCCAAAGAAAGGUUGAGGGAGGCGAUGGCUGAGAUACGCGUCAUACUCGUGAACGGGUGCUGUUUGUGAAGACUGGUCUGUUUUAGCUUACUGUGGUUCCAUAUUUAUGUAGUAACACAUUAUGAAUAUAUUGAGAUUAAUUUGGCGUGGAGAGACAUUUCAUUCGGUGCUAGUUAUACAUAAUUUUAUCUUUAGUUUUUAUCUAGAAUAUAGGACACUUGGAGACCUUUUACAUCUCUAAGGGUUUUUUUUUUAAAUACAAUUCUGUAAGUUUGAUUUCAUUCUAAAAGAGAAUAAUCUCUUUUUAAAUUUGUAAUUUAUGGUAAAGGACACAGUUCAGGGAAGAAAGUAUAUCAAACGGUAAGCAAAGCACCUACUUAAAUUUUUGCAGUUUAAUUUCACUCUUUUAUUUUUUUGGCGCGUUCUUUGUUGAUAGCUGUGAUUUGUCUCUUAAAGUAGUUUGAUAUGUUUUCUCACAGAACAGUGAAAGUAUCUUAAUAUAGUCUUUAAGUAUCAUUGUACUGUUUUGAAAAAAUAAGUCCCGCCGAGUUUCUUGGCCGGUUCUUCUCGGGUCAGAGGUGUAGGGUGGAAUCGGUGGUAGAUUUAGGUUCAUUUUCUUUUUUUUCUGUUUAGUACGACGUGUAAAAGUGCCCUUGUGGCCUACUUACUGAAUAAAUUUUAUUUUAUUUUUAUUUUUAUUUUAUAAAUAAUUGUGUUAAGUUUAGUUGACACGGAAAAUAAAUAAAACAAAAAUAUUA